AUGGAAGACAACGAUUUGAAGGCCCUUGGUGUUAUCGCUGGAGACGUGAGUCUCACGUACCAAGCCUACAUCCGUGGAGCGCUUACCGCCGCUGAAGCGUGGACGUUGCUCGAGGAGCAUUUCAAUCGGAAGACGCUCAAGAACCGGCUCAUUGUUACCAAGAAGCUGCACAACUUCAAGAUGGAGCCCGGUACGAAGUUCGCUUUCCACAUGGAGAAGUUCAAGAAGCUGGUACUUCAGAUGGAGUCAAUCGGUGAGUCUCUGGACGAGACUCGGCAGCUGGUACUGCUACUCGGAUGCUUGCCUGACGAGUUCGUAUGUUUGCCACUGUGUUGGAGAACACUCCCAACGUGA